GAGAGAGACUGGGAUCAGCUGCGCGCUCGCAGUUCUCGGUGAGUCCCUUCCCCCCGCGGCCUGGCUCCUGAUGAGAUGAGUGGAAGAUGUCGGUGUCGGGGCUGAAGGCCGAAUUAAAGUUCCUGGAGUCAAUCUUUGACCCAAAUCAUGAACGAUUCCGAAUAAUAGAUUGGAAACCAGACGAACUGAGCUGCCAGUUUAAUGUGACGGGAGAAAAGCUACUCAUUAUUCACUGCAAUAUCACGGAGUCUUAUCCUUUAACCCCACCAAUAUGGUUUGUUGACUCUGAUGACCCAAGUUUAACCGAGGUCCUUGAACGUCUAGAAGAUGUUCGAAGAGGCAAUACUCUGCUCCUUCAGCAGCUGAAAAGGCUGAUAUGUGAUUUAUGUCGACUCUAUAACCUGCCCCAGCAUCCUGAUGUGGAGAUGCUGGACCAGCCACUUCCUGCUGGACCCAUCAAUCAAGACAGGAAGCAUGGGACAACAGAUGAAGUAACCUCGGAAGAAGAGGAGGAGGAGGAAAUGGUAGAGCAGGAUAUAGAAGAUCUCGACCACUAUGAAAUGAAAGAGGAGGAACCAGUUGAUGGAAAAAAGUCGGAGGAUGAUGGUAUUGAAAAGGAGAAUUUGGCCAUUCUGGAGAAGAUCCGCAAGAAUCAGAGGCAGGACCACUUGAACGUAAGUGUCCAUUCGGGUGCAGUCUCUGGUUCAGUUCAGGCCUCUGACCGUCUCAUGAAGGAACUCAGGGAGAUCUAUAGAUCACAGAGUUAUAAGACGGGUAUCUAUUCGGUCGAGUUGGUCAAUGAUAGCCUGUACGAGUGGCAUGUCAAGUUAAGGACGGUUGACCCAGACAGUCCGUUGCACAGCGACUUGCAGGUUUUGAAGGAAAAAGAAGGCAUGGACUACAUUCUGCUCAAUUUCUCUUAUAAAGAUAACUUCCCCUUUGAUCCUCCUUUUGUACGGGUUGUGUCUCCUGUCCUGUCUGGAGGCUAUGUUCUUGGAGGAGGAGCGUUGUGUAUGGAGCUACUUACAAAACAGGGCUGGAGCAGUGCCUACUCAAUAGAGUCAGUCAUCAUGCAAAUCAACGCCACCUUAGUCAAAGGAAAAGCCAGAGUGCAGUUCGGAGCAAAUAAGAAUCAAUACAAUCUUGCCAGAGCACAACAGUCAUACAAAUCAUUGGUUCAGAUUCAUGAAAAGAACGGCUGGUACACACCUCCGAAAGAAGAUGGCUAGAAGAAGCAUUACUGCAAACAUGGGAUAUCCGGUCUCAAACCCUUGCUUUAUUUUACCAAUGUUAUUCACCUUUUUGGCUUGAGUGUGAUGCUCUUGUGUAAGUGGAAACCAUCAAGAAAGCAUUUGGGUUCUUGGAAAUUUGCAUCAUCCUUACCUUCUGCAAAGCUGGACUUUUUUGACCCUAUCCCAUGCCUGUGUCGCUCUUCAGUGGUGUCUGUUUCUCACGCUCUUUCGUCAUUUCUUUUCUCGUACCAUGAUGGGAUGUUCAGAGCCUUGGUACUAAUAGGUUCCAAAUAACAUGGAAAUCCAUAUAGGUGGUUUUUGUUGCCUCCCAUCUUCACUUUUGGAUUAAAACACGAAUGGAGAUGCUCAACAGCGACACUGGAUCUGAUCCUCUUUGUCGGCUUUUAAAUGGCCCUGCCAUUUUGACUAAGUGGUGGUUUACUGAACUUAAAACAGGAAAUGGAUGCAACCAGAGACAAUGUGAAGACAAUGUGCCACCGCUCUCGUAUCUGUAGAGACUUUUCCUCAUGCAUUAUGAGUUAACAUAUACUGGUACAUUUAAUGCUGAUGUUGUUGAAGAAUCGUUACUUGCCACAAUUAUAUGCGUACGCUUGUAAGCAACCCUAUUGUUAAUAAUGAUAAUGGCGAGAACGAGAGAAAGGGCGGAUAUAUAGCUCUGGAUCUCGUGUUUUUCCAUCGUAAAGGACGAAUUCCACUCGAUUUCCUUAUUGCUCGCUUUUAGCAUGUGGCUGAUCUGACCAAUAAUGGACAAAUGUAAACUUUGGCUUUGAAUGGUUGAAGCAGAACAUGCCAUUGCUCUAUAAUUCAACGGAGCUCAACUUGUAUACUUGUAAAUGGAUAUGAGGCGUCUUAAAUGUGGUGUUUAUGUGAAGUGGGGGCAUUUAUCGGAAUUUUCAAGCAAGGACUCUGUCGAUGGGGGAAAGUUGUCGUUGCUCAAUGGGGGUAAUAUCUUAAAAAUUGUAUUUAUAUAAGUGAUAUGAACAUAACUUCAUUUUUUUUUGUUCCCACUCCUUACUGUUGCUGUUUUACAAGAUGUUCAAUUUCUGCUACAUACAUUUGAGGUUAAUAUCAGCAGCGCUUCAAUAUGCUGUCAGUUUUCGAGUACUGUCUAUUUCCUUUUGUGAGCAUAGAUUAAAAUCAUCAAAGUACGUAAUCCAGUUCUCAUAGCACAACACUACAAGAUCACUGUUUUUGGUAUAUACCUCUCAGAGUCUUAAUGGUCAAUGCAUUCACAGUAUAAGAAAACUUCAUAUUGCCCCCCAAACUGUGUUGCAGUGUAUUACAAUUAAAACAAGUGAAUGAUCAAAGGCUGGUGUAUCUGAAGGUUUUCAUUGAAAACUCAGGAAAAUCCAUUUUGUCCACAAACCUUAUAUAGUCUUUUAAUUUUAUCCGGACACUUUAAGAACAGAACAUCUCUUUGCUUCGUUAAGUGAAGCAAGAGUAGUUUGCCAGCUUCAUCUAUUAGUAGUAUUUAAUGAAUGGGUUUAUUUCUAUAUUGACAAGUGUUAUAGUAACUGGACAACUCUUGACUAUAAGUAAAAAAAAAUAAGAAUAGCAAUAUUACCUUUGUUUAAACAAUAUUCUAAAUUCAAAACCUUCCUAGUUGUAAAUAAUUAAGGACACAGAAUGUUAUGGUUGUGAUUCUUGGGUCAGCACAUUUUAAGAGGGUCCAGAUUUGUAAUAUGCUAAUUUUUCCUGAGUGCCCAGCAUCACGUAACAGACAUAUUUAGCAUGAAUGCAAAAGUGAUCUUGUACACAACACAUGUAAAUGUAAUUCAUAAGAGCCGUUACAGAAUAACUCGAGUGUCUGUUUUGCAAGUUAAUGCUGUUGUUGUGCGCAGUCAGUUUCUUCGAAAAUUAAAAUAUUAUGAUUUUAUGCAUUAAGAUUUAUCGUCUCAACCCAUCAGCGUUCUCUAAAACCGAAUGAUUUGGGCUUGACCAACAUUUCUGUGACUUGAUAGUCUUUAGUUUUUCCUUGUCUGAACAGUGGUUUUUCUCUCUUCAACCCUCACAAUAACCAACAACAGAAUUUGGUGCCAUCUCAUAAUGGAAUGAUUCUCCAUGCUCACACUGUCCGCAUGCUUUCCGGGGUUUUUGGUUAGAUUUUUUUUCCAUGAUGAGAAUUUUGACCAUGUACAGUAUAUUUGUAAACUUGCAUCAAGUUUAUGAAUAAAGAAUUUUACGAGGAACCUCA